AGCGGGAGCAGCACCCCCCCCGCCUCCCCGGUUCCAUUGCUGGGAGCAAUCCCGGACCCGUUACCACAACGGCUCAACGGUACCAGCGGUAGGCACCUCGGUACCAUUACCGGCCACAGCAGCAGCUCCACGGUACCGGCGGGAGCAACCCCGGUACUACUACCGGCAACAGCAACAGCUUCACGGUACCGACGGGAGCAGCCCCGGUGCCUCCGCCGCUGCCACCACUGCGAGCAGCCCCAGUACCGCCGUCGCCUCUCCCCGCCGCCUCCAAGAAUCACCAACCAUGACCACAGAAUCGGGAUCAGACUCGGAAUCCAAGGAUAAAGAGCAGGAUCAGCAGGAGAACCCUACACAGCAAGGGGCAGCCGAGACCCAGCCACAGGACCAGCAGCAGCAGCCACCAAGUGAAGAGCAUCAAAAGGCUCUUGAGCAGUUCUCGGCCGUAGCAGCUCACAGCACACCGGUGAAGAAGGAGCAGGCCACAGAGAAAGAACAGGAGUUUGCUGCUGCAAGUGCCAAACAGCUGGAAUACCAGCAGCUGGAGGACGACAAGCUCUCUCAGAAGUCAUCAUCUAGCAAACUGUCCAAGUCUCCUCUGAAGAUUGUCAAGAAGCCAAAAAAUAUGCAGUGCAAAGUGACCCUCCUGGAUGGAUCAGAAUACGCCUGUGAGGUUGAGAAACGUUCCAGAGGUCAAGUGCUGUUCGACAAAGUCUGCGAGCAUCUGAACCUCCUGGAAAAAGACUACUUUGGGCUGACCUACAGGGACACAGAAAACCAAAAGAAUUGGUUGGACCCUGCCAAGGAAAUCAAGAAGCAGAUCCGAAGUGGUGCUUGGCAGUUUGCAUUCAAUGUGAAAUUCUACCCUCCGGACCCUGCCCAGCUAUCUGAAGAUAUCACCAGGUACUACCUCUGCUUGCAGCUGAGAGAUGACAUCGUGUCGGGCCGGCUGCCCUGCUCCUUUGUCACCCUGGCCCUGCUGGGCUCCUACACCGUGCAGUCGGAGCUCGGCGACUACGACCCUGAUGAGUACGGCAGCGACUACAUCAGCGAGUUCCGCUUCGCCCCCAAUCACACGAAAGAGCUGGAGGAUAAAGUGAUCGAGCUGCACAAGAGCCACAGGGGAAUGACACCUGCAGAGGCUGAGAUGCAUUUCCUGGAGAACGCCAAAAAACUCUCCAUGUAUGGAGUAGAUCUCCAUCACGCCAAGGAUUCUGAAGGAGUGGAGAUCAUGCUGGGAGUUUGUGCAAGUGGACUCCUAAUAUAUCGAGACAGGCUCAGGAUAAAUAGAUUUGCCUGGCCAAAGGUGCUGAAAAUUUCAUACAAGAGGAACAACUUCUACAUCAAAAUCCGACCAGGGGAGUUUGAGCAGUUUGAAAGCACCAUUGGGUUUAAGCUGCCAAAUCAUCGUGCUGCCAAGCGCUUGUGGAAGGUGUGUGUUGAGCACCACACGUUUUUCAGACUCUUGCUGCCAGAAGCACCUCCAAAGAAGUUCCUGACGCUGGGCUCCAAGUUCCGCUACAGCGGCCGGACGCAAGCGCAGACGAGGAGAGCCAGCGCCCUCAUAGACCGUCCCGCACCCUACUUCGAGCGGUCUUCCAGUAAACGUUACACUAUGUCUCGCAGCUUAGAUGGGGCAUCAGUGAAUGAAAACCAUGAAAUGUACAUGAAGGAUUCUGUGUCUGCUGCAGAGGUUGGUACUGGCCAGUACGCCACAACAAAGGGCAUCUCUCAGACCAACUUGAUAACCACUGUGACCCCAGAGAAAAAGGCAGAAGAAGAGAAAGAUGAUGAAGAAGGCAAAAAGAAAAGAGCAGAGGAAGUCACCCCGAUUUCAGCUAUACGCCACGACACCAAGCCAUCUUUGCUUGGCACUGACCCCCCCAACCCCUCACCAUCCUCGCAGCCUGGCCCCCCAGUAUCUUCUCCAGCAAAGCUCCGCAGGAGAUGCAAGGAGAGCGCUCGGACCAAGGCUGUGGGUUGCGAGGUGCCCAACCGGAGCCCUCCGAAAGCCGGCGAGGCGGAGCCGGAGCCUGACCGGAAGGGGCGCGUUUGCUCCGCCGAGCCUGACGUGCCUUUCGCCUACAAGCAAAAGCCCAGCGGAGGCGGAACGCUCUUUUCCUUCUCCUUGCAACUCCCCGAGUCCUUUCCUUCCCUCUUGGAUGACGAUGGCUACCUGUCUCUCCCCAACCUCUCCGAAACCAACCUCCUGCCCGCCAGCGUGCAGCACUACCUCCCCAUCCGCUCCCCAUCCCUGGUGCCUUGCUUCCUCUUCAUUUUUUUCUUCCUGCUCUCUGCCUCUUUCUCAGUGCCAUACGCCCUCACUCUCUCCUUCCCUCUGGCUAUGUGCCUCUGCUACCUGGAGCCCAAGGCGGCCUCCUUGAGUGCCUCACUUGCCAAUGACCUGAGUGACAGUUCAGAGGAAGAGACUGACAGUGAGCAGACGGAUACCGCGGCCGAUGGUGAGACCACUGCCACCGAGUCGGAUCAAGAGGAAGACGGGGACCUGAAGGCACAGAAUAGUCUGAUUAAGCGCAUAGAGGGUGAAAAUGUGUAUGUCAAACAUAGUAAUCUUAUGUUAGAGGACCUAGACAAAACGCAGGAAGAUCUGAUGAAACAUCAGACCAAUAUAAGCGAGCUGAAACGCACCUUCUUGGAAACCUCCACAGAAACAACUGUGUCUAACGAGUGGGAGAAGAGGCUUUCCACAUCUCCCGUUCGGCUCGCAGCGAGGCAGGAGGAAGCUCCUAUGAUUGAACCACUAGUGCCUGAAGAGACCAAAGAAGAAAGAGAAAAGUCAGAGAAACUCAUAUUUUUGCAGAAGGGAGGUACUACCCUCGUUGAACUGCAGCCAAGUGAGAUAGAGAAGAAGCUGCAGGAAGGAGAAUCUGCUGGCACUUUGGUUGCUUCUCAUCAAAUCAUUAUCCAGAAAAGUAUCCCAUCAUCCCUAGAGGGCACUGAGGAUUGGGUUAUUGUAGACAAAAUACCUUCAGAGGUAGUUGAUGGUGAAGCGAGACAGAAUCUGGCGUACAAAGUAGUGACUGUGAGCAGUAAAACUGCCUUUCCAGACAAGAUAUUACAGCCCAGUGCUGUUAUAACACAGAGCUUUGAGGACUUGGAAAGUGAAAUCCAAUCCAAAGAGGAGAAUAAGCAGAAAAUGUUCACCCUAGGAAAGUCCUAUGAUACCAUGUCUGGGAGAAUCAUAACCAUGACAAGUAAAGUAAAAGAGGGUGAGAAAGUGACACCAGGAGAAGCAUUGCAGAAAAUGGAAAGGGAAAACCAAGAACCAGUGAAAAUCAUUCCAGUAGCAGCCGAGUAUGAAAUCCUGGUGCCCAUCACUGCUGAGAAAACCAGGAGGGGAUCUGAUGUGCAGAGCACCAAAAGAAAGCUCUCCGACUCCCUGACCCCUAUAAAGGAAGCAGCCUCUCAGCUGCCAAGUCCCGAAGAGACCUUGAAGAAGACCCUGAAGAUGGACCAGGACUGGCAGCUACGUGGUGCACUGGGAAGAACGCAGCUUGACAAAGCUGAGAAGUCCCCUGGCAGUGAAGCUGUACAAGCUGGGGUGUUUGCCCGGAGAGACCAGAGCCUGCCUGAGCGGCGAUAUUCCAGGGAGCGGCCAUUUACCAUUGCUACAGCUCACUAUGUUACUGAGUCGUCUGCGUUAACAGUGGUGACUAAACAGUUCACCAGUGAAAAGACCUUGGAUGGGUCCGAUAUCUUCACUUUAAUAGAGUCCGCCCGAAAACCGACUGAGUUCAUAGGAGGGGUCACUUCGACUUCACAGAGCUGGGCUCAGAGAAUAGACACGACAACAUCUCAGGAGAAAACUUCCAGUGAAAUGAAGCAAGUGGUUCAGCCGCAGCAGGAUACAGUGAAGAAGGUUGUAGAGGAGACUGUAGUGACCAAGGAGAGCCGUGGGAUGGACGUCCGGGUGAGCGGAGAUCCGGCAAAAGCUGACGGACUGGUGCUGGAUGCCCAGGCUGCAGUGGCUGCCACUGUGAAGGGGAAGGAGGGAUCUGCCGGGACUGAGGGGACCAAGGAGGAGAAAAGAGACGAGGCUGAGAAAACUCUGACCAAACGGGAAGGAGCUGAGGCUUCUUCAAGUCAGCAAGCACAGGAGCACAGUACAACAGUCCACCUGUCAGAGUCUUUGGAAAGAAAACAGCAUUUUGAGUCACCAGUUGUGAAGACUGAGACUAUCAGUUUCAGCAGCCUUCCUGCUGGUGGGGAAAACCUUGAAAUCUCAACAAAGGAAGUGCCAGUUGUCCACACAGAAACAAAAACCAUAACUUACGAGUCUUCUCAGGUGGAUUGCAGCGCUGACUCAGAACCAGGGGUGUUGAUGAGUGCACAAACCAUCACGUCUGAAACCACCAGCACUACAACCACUACACAUAUCACCAAAACUGUGAAAGGAGGCAUCUCAGAGACAAGAAUCGAGAAGCGAAUAGUCAUCACAGGAGAUGCAGACAUUGAUCACGAUCAGGCGCUGGCUCAGGCAAUUAAAGAAGCCAAAGAGCAGCACCCUGACAUGUCAGUGACCAAGGUAGUGGUACAUAAAGAGACAGAAAUCACACCAGAAGAUGGGGAGGAUUGACCACAGGAAUAACCUGGAUUGCGUAUGAAUCCAGUCACGCUCGCCCGCAGGAAUGCGAGAGCCCGCGCGGAGCCUCAGUUCCAACCUGCCUGACUUGUAUCUGUCUCUGGAAAAAAAAACACAACAAAACAAAACAAUAAAAAAUUCCCAUGAGGAAGACUUGAUCUUGGCCAUUAAUAAAGAAACUUGGCAGCGAUACCUUCCCGUAGAAAGCAAUCCGAAUCAGCAAGCAGCUAAACAAUAUUGCAUGAAGUGACGGUUAAACAAUUACAGAAAAGCAGCAUUUUUAAUUUUUCUUCUCAGUUUUCAGCUAGACCUGCACGUUCAUUAAACAAAACACAAGAA